GAAAUUGCAAUGAUGGAAUUCCUGGGGUACUGGAAGUGAACGCCACAAAUAAGAGUGGACUGACGGCAUUGGAUCUUUUCAUAUUGUGUCCAUGUGAAUCAGGGAGUGGUGCAGAAACCAUGAGGCUCCUGGGGCGCCUUGGAGCAGCAAGAGCACAGGACUCGAAUCCCAUAGCUCCUGCCAAUCUCGACACUCGUGAUCAAGUCGCCCCAACUCUACCUCACGAAGUGGCUAGAGAAGGGAUAAAUGACCUGGAGAGUUACUUUGGAUUUCAGGGGGACAGGGAUAAUCCGGGCGAGGUCCGAAAUGCAUUGCUGGUGGUGGCUGUACUAAUGGCCACAGCAACCUACCAGGCAGGGCUAGAGCCUCCUGGUGAAGCCCUUCUAGCAACCAAUUCCUCCGCUUUUGUGUUGUUCAUGGUUGCCAAUACUGCAGGGUUCUUUGUGUCCUUGAAUAUGAUUGACGUACUCACUUAUAAUUUCCCCUUGAAAUUUGAGUUGUUUGUUACUGUAUUUGCAAUGGUGGUUACCUAUGACACUGCAAUGAUCACACUUGUCCCACAAGGGCCCAUAAGACGCACCUUCAUUGCGCUCUCCAUCAUGAUGCCUUUAGCAAUAUACAUCUUCAGACUCGUAAAAGCCAGAAUUAAGCAGCAUAGACUGAGUUCAGGUGCCUAUAGGCGCCAUGCGAGUGCAUAAUACUAAUAUCAUGGAGCCACAGUUGCGUGUUUACAAUUGCACAAGACGGAUAGAAAUUGGCUUUUGCUACUCCAAAUUCAAGUAAAUCAGGUGUUGUUCAAGGCUGCAAGAGUUGGGAAUAUCAGGGCUCUGCUCAAGCUCCUGGAAAGUGACCCUAUUCUCCUGGAGGGCGUUGCUACCGCCAGUGCAUAUAACUCUCUGCACAUAGCCUCCAUGUUAGGAAACCUUGAUUUGUGAAGGAACUCCUAAGCAUAAAUCCAAUGUGGGGAAGUAUGCAAAAGAGCUGAACCAACAUGGAUAUAGCCCCAUGCACUUGGCUGCUGCAAAUGGCCAUGUCAAG